AUGAAUGCAACUUUCACAUCACUUCAUGGCAUGAUGCAACUGCCUCCCAUGGAUGCAAGGAUCACUCCGCCUCCUGAGGAGUUGAACGUUGUCAUCCCCAAACUGCAGACAUUUCCUGUUCUUCCUCUUUCACCCGCAUCUCUUCCAGAUACACCACAUCCAGACACCUCUUCGGUUUCCAACUCAUCUCCACGAAAGAAGCAGCGCCGACGCUCUUCAGGUUCAAGAAACCGUACCUCAAAGGCAGAUACGAAGCAGCAGGCCCAGGUCAACUCCAGCCUUCUCUUCUCGCCUCGACCCUUUGAGAGCCUAUACAUAGAACGGGCAUACCUUGCCACCUCCCUUCAGCAGCAGGCUGGCCGAGCUGCGGAGCUCAUGAGGCAGUAUUGUGCGGUGGAACUGCAGCUUCAAAGCCUUGCGGGUGAUAAUGGCCGACGCAAAUUGCGAAAGCAGCUCAGUUUGCUCAAGUCCAGAGUAAACCAGGCAGCCGAGCAGGAAAAGGUCAUCUUCUCUCGUCUCGGUGAGCUGUAUGUCGAGAUACAGAGCCGCGAGACCUGGGCGCAAGCAUGGUCUGUUGAUAGCUCGAGUGUUUCAACACCUCUCUACUUCAGUCCUGUGUCAUGCAGCUUUCCUACUCCUACUUCCCCUCUGGGCGGUGCUUCGGCAGACUUUACUCCCAUGGGCUAUUUUAGCGACUUUCACCAAGUUACUGAACCAGCAUACUUUCACCAAGAGCCAGUAAUGUACGGCUUGGAGACUGUUGAUGAGGCUGGUGAGGAUCUAUUGUAUAAUCCUGCGUCGAGCGGCAAGAGUGUUGAGUCUGAGACUAUUCCAGCAACGCCACUUACUGCAGAUGUUCCCUCUGUUGAGGAGAAGAAUGAGUGUGUUCUGGAGACGGAGAAGAAUCCGAUUGAUGGUCGAUGCAUGGCAGUCAGAGAGAGGCGACUUAGUCUUCCUUGUCUUUACAAUGCUUGGCUCUGA